AUAGGGGUUUAUGAGAGCGUCGCUCUCGGUUCGUCUCUGCUUUCUCGAUUUCCUCCUCCCUUUUUUGCCCACCGGUGAUGCAUCGCGCCCUCGCGGGACUCUGAAGGAAGCUGCGCUGCGACAGCAGCGGCGGCGGCGUCUCGAUUAAUGCGUACGCCCCGUACGGUGGUGGUGACGCUCCGCCGCCUUGGCGACCACCUCUCCCCCGCUCUCCGCCGCUCGCCGCCCUUUCCUCCCUUCCCCUCCGCCGCUGACGGCUCCAUCCUCGCCCCACUGGUAUCCUACGCCUCUUCUCUCCCGCACGCGAGCUCCCGAGACGAAGACCGAUCCCAGGAGGUCGCACCCGCUCGUCUCGAUCUCCUCGUCUUUAGGUCGUCUUCUUCGGCGAGGCCUCCUCGAAUCGACUCGUCUGCUGCCUUGACUUCGUUCGUUCGCAAUUAUUCCCUUAGGGUUGCAAAGGUUAAAAGGGCACCUUUUGAUGAUGAACACAGCCAACGUGCAGUUACCACUGCACUGUGGUGCAACUUUCUUGUCUUCUCUCUCAAGUUUGGUGUGUGGCUUUCAACUUCUAGCCAUGUUAUGUUAGCUGAGGUUGUACACUCAGUUGCAGACUUCACGAACCAGGCCCUUCUUGCAUAUGGUUUGAACAGCUCAAGGCGUGCUCCAGAUGCUCUGCACCCUUAUGGAUAUUCGAAGGAAAGAUUUGUUUGGUCUUUAAUAUCUGCUGUUGGCAUCUUUUGCCUGGGUUCUGGUGCCACAGUUGUGCAUGGAUUUCAGAACUUGUGGAACUCUCAUCCUCCUGAAAAUAUCCAUUAUGCUGCUUUAGUGAUUGGUGGAUCCUUUCUCAUUGAAGGUGCUUCACUGCUUGUUGCUAUUAAUGCUGUGAAGAAAGGUGCAGCUGCAGAAGGAAUGAAAGUGUGGGACUAUAUAUGGCGUGGCCAUGAUCCAACAUCCGUUGCUGUUAUGACAGAGGAUGGUGCUGCAGUGACUGGUCUUGCAAUUGCUGCAGCGUCAUUGGUGGCUGUCAAUACAACCGGAAAUGCAAUAUACGACCCAAUUGGUUCUAUCAUAGUUGGUAAUCUGCUUGGAAUGGUUGCUAUAUUUCUCAUUCAGAGGAACAGGCAUGCAUUGAUUGGCAGGGCAAUUGAUGACCAUGACAUGGAAAAAGUACUCAAGUUUUUAAAAUCUGAUCCGGUUGUAGAUGCCUUGUACGAUUGCAAGAGUGAGGUCAUUGGCCCUGGAUUUUUCAGAUUCAAAGCAGAAAUAGAUUUCAAUGGGGUUGUAUUGGUGCAAAAUUAUUUGGAAAGAACUGGACGUGAAGAAUGGGCAAAACAAUUUCGGGAGGCCGCAAAGUCUGAAGACAAUACAGCACUGCUAAAUGUCAUGGCUAGUUAUGGUGAGGACGUCGUAGAAGCUCUGGGCAGCGAGGUGGACAGGCUCGAAUCAGAGAUUCAGAAGAUUGUUCCUGGGAUCAGGCAUGUCGACAUCGAGGCACACAAUCCCGAGGGGCUCUCACUGUACCACCACUUCAGGCAUGAUCGACUCAAGAGCUCAUAAUCAUUUCUGUUGAUCGGACUACGAACCGGGCAUCGAUCUUUUGUUCGGGGGGUGCUAUAUUCUUGUUCAUGUCAUGUUAUGAUCAUUGGUCGUGGGAAGUUCCCAGAAUACAACCUUGCAUCUGGAGUUUCAAAAUUGCAGGACCUUUGUGUUGGGCAUUUUAUAAUGGCCCGCUCAAAUUGGUCGACUUGCGCAAACUGGUUUUUGAUCGAGAUGACCACCACAACCUUUUGAUCGCUAUCAAUUCUUCUAUCAAUACAAAUAUUUGAUCAUCGUCUUCA